AAGUUGAGCCACAAAAUACGUCAAGAACUUCGUUAAAGGCAUCGAAUCACCUCUGCUCCCCCCACAGAUACUUUGGGCACAAGGAGGAAAGAUUGAUCGAAAACAUGUUUUGCAUCCGAAAGUGAGGGAAGCAGCGCUGCCAGGAGCUGUCUGACCACUCUGCUCUACUCGGGAUGGCCCUGCACUGUGAGGUCGUGCAGCCAGCGUGAUGCUGGCCUCCCUGUCUUGAGCACCAAGGGGAUCCUAGCCGUCAUCCCACGCCCAGUGCUGCAGGUGAGGAGCUAGAGCCACAAGCCAGCCUGGAGCGGGCCUGCAGCGAGCUGGAGAGCACCGAGGCCGCGGCCUUGGGUGUGCACCCUGCUGGCACUCAGCCAUGUCAGGAGAGGUGCUUUUCCUGUAACGCUCUUAAUGAAAACAAGCCCAAUGAAUGCUUGCCAGAUUACACCCAGCUCAACUUGAAACUAUUUGUUAUUAUUAUUUAUUCCAGUUUUAAUUUUUUAGGAUUAUUCCCUGUGUAGCAUCAGACGUCUAACUUCAACCUAACCUUCAAAGCCCAUGCCACCUGACCUCUACACCCAGCACCCGCAGAAGCACUUUCCUUCCCUCCCAAGCCUUACAUCCCCUCUGGCCCCUUUGUUUUGAGGGCUGGGUAGCUCCCACACCCCAGGGAGCCCUGCAAGGCUGUGGCUGCAGGCGCCCGCCCUUGCGCAUGCCCCACGAGGAAGUUGCGGGUGGGCGUGAGUCAGCUUAUCAGCACCGGCACCCGCGCGCUGCCUGGCCUUCCCCCAGUGCCUGGUGAGGAGUGAGCGUCCCACGGCCCAGCAGAGGCAGCCAGAAGAGGUCGGCGGUGACCCACGGCCGAGUGCUGAGCUCCUGCCUCCUUCCCGACACAUUGGUGGUGGUAUCUCUCACUUGGUGAAGCCCAAGGGGACAAAGAGAGAAGCAGACUCGGCGAGGCCUGCGCCGGUGGGUUCUUGAGGAGGAAGCAGGUGACAGGACGUCGCGGGUGCUCCGACUGCCGGCCCAGCACUGCACGAAGAUGGGGUGCCCGCCGGUGUCAGCCAGCUGGCCCCUGAAGAGGUGGCUUGGGCUCGGGCUUGGGCUCAUCAUACUCCAGUGCAUUACUUUGGGCUGUGCACAGGAGAAGAAAGUGGCCAAAAGCAAAGUGGGGGAAAAAGUCGGCCUGCCUUGUUGUUACAAAAUUCCCAGCUCGGAGAGCCUGCAAAACUACCGGGUGUACUGGCAGAUGAACAUCACGGAUGUGGUGCUGGCCUACUCAGGGGAGAAAAAGAUCGAUGAGCACCCACGCUAUAUCAACCGGACAAAGAUGGACUUUCAGAACCUCACCCUGUGGAUCUCCACCCUGGAAAUCCUGGACAGUGGCCCUUACCAUUGUAUUGUUCAGAGCCUCCAGUCUUCACCAGACAAGCCUGGAUCUCACCUUUUGUGUGAAGAGCCCGUGACCCUCUUUGUUACUGCUGACUCCAGUGAGCCAAACAUAGAAAGAGAAGUAACAGCCAGUUCGUGUGAAUCAACAGAAAUGGUGGUAAGAUGCUCUUCUCAUGGAGGUUUCCCCAAACCCAAAAUCUAUGGAGUCCUCAACAACGUGUCUGUGGUGUUGAAUACCACGUGGGAGUCCGAAUCCAGCCUCAGCCCAUACAACGUCACUGGCACACUGUGGCUCAACGUGACCAAAGAUAUCAACUUCACUUGCUUCAUUGAAUACGAUGGCUUUGUCAGGUCCACCAGUUUGCUUCUAGCAAAAGCAAAUGACUGCAUUGUCUCUACUGCACUUCCAUCCUAUAACGUCAUUACUGCUUCAAGUAUCAUCAUUAUCACCUUCCUUUUGGCUAUCAGCCUAGCAGCAAAAUACUUCCCAAGGCAUGCAUCUUCUGUCACAAAACCUAAGUCUGGCUCACAACUUUCCUAUAUUUUGUAUGCACACAGCACUAGGGUUCCAGAUUGAGACUCCAGUUGUCUUGGGAGUUUUGACAGAAGGUCAGAAUAUUUCCAAAGAACAGGGAUAUACAGAGUUGAAUUCAGAAAAGUCAAAAGGUCCAUUUUUAUGCAUUAAGGUGCUUGAAGAUGUCAAGAAUCUUUGUGAGUAUCAUCAAUAUAGCUGAGCACUAACAGUUUCAAAAUCAGAUCUGUCUACACACCCUGCUUGGACAAUCUCCCAGAAAAGUCACAGAGCCAGAAUUACAAUAAUGUAUGGUACUAGGGCCACAGAAAAGACUGGAGCACUGCAACAUCUCACUUUUAGAAAACCCCCAGUCAGGAUACAUGGAUUUGUCUUCUUUGUUGGUCCCAAAAGGGCAGAGGUGAGGUGCCCUGUCCCACCUUCUGAACUCUUCACUAACUUCAGACAUUCCCACAAGUUUUGUAUUGAAAAGAGGACCUCAGGGUUAGGUGGCAGCUCACCUAUUUGUUUGUCUCAAAAAUCUCAUCAGGUAGCUGCUGCUCCUAGUCAUGUUUAAGCUGGCCAGCCAGAAAGCCCCUGAAGAUGUGGGCAUCUAAAUCUAAUGCAUUUACAAAGGCUGGUAGGCAUCCAGCCAGUACUGGAAGUCAACAGCAGUGUAUGUCUUCUCUGCACCCUGUUGGUAGCUUUGAAAAGCAGCCCUACAGAAAGACAGCAGGCUUUGCAACGUGUUAUAAAUAUCACCCAAUCAAGGUCUGUCAGGUCACUGGAGAAGUGAAGGCCAAAGACAAACUGAGAUUGCUCUGUGUCCAGCACACUUAAACCAAAAGCCACCGGUCUGAGAGUAUUAGCUCAUCAUGGUCACAGUGGUAUCCCCUGCUGGAAACAGAUUCAUUCGUUAUGCAGCAGGGACUUGGCUCACUCAGGAAGACUUGUGAGUUCAUCAUGUUCAUGUCUCCUGUUAAUUCUGUUUCAGUUUCAAGCAAGGUCACUUGCAAGCGAGAGUAUGGAGGCAGCAUUAUUGUGCUUUUUUUCCCUCCUAACCAACCACAGCCUUUCAAAAAACUAUGUGACCAUUACACUGGGCUGGGCUGAUUACCUCUUGGUGCUUUAUCACCAAGAAAGGAAGCACCCAGGGAAAGCAGAGACUCUCUCUUAGCAACACCUGUGCAUCUCUUCAUUUUCCACUCAUGUUCCUCAAUGACACCAGUGCUGGCUCUUCCCUGUUGUGCCCUGGAGCUGUGUUGAUAGAAGAGCAGCAACCUGUUUGAAAACAUGAACCUCACGAGCAAGCAGCCUCUGCUGUCAGCUGUGUGGGCAAUAAGCUUCUAAUUAUGGGAAAAUAACAAGUGGAAUUCAAAGAUCUGGCUCUCAAUAAACAGGCCUGGAAAUUAAAAGGUUCCCUCCCAUUAACGGAGUGUGAUUCUGGUGCGUUCUGAGAUAGCUUUUUUAUUGAAAACAGAUUGCUUUUUAGAUGUUAAACGCAUACCAGUGUGGUGAAUGGGAUCACCUGCAAUAGCAGUGGGCUUAGCUGCAUAAAAUGGAAUUUCCCUUUUAGUCCCAUUUUCCUAAUAUGCACAUGGAGUGGAUCUGCUGAGUCAGGUGGUGCUGCUUCGUACAGUCACUUUGCAGACUGAGUGUAAGCUGUAAGGAACUGAAGCUAGCAUUUCAAGCCAACUUCCCAGCUUGUAUGCAUUGGUGCUGCUGUGUGUUACCACCUGUCAGGGAAGGGAAAUGUCUGUCUUUCUCAUGCUUCCUGCUGGCGUUGCUACAGAUCACCAGUCAAGAGAUACUGUGGGAGCUCAGAAUACGUCUGAGAGUAUUUCUGUUGCUCUCACAUAGGAAAAGCUGGACCGAGAGCUGCCUUGAAGCUCAGUCAUUUCUGAGCUCAAAAAGCCAUGCUUCAAAAGCUGAAGUGUGGGAGGGAAUAGAAAAGAUAGAGCAAAACGGAAAUAAGGGUUCUCAGAUGUGUGAUUGUUGUGGUGACCAAAACAUGUAGGUGCUUUGUUGAGGUUCACAUUGCCUAAUUUGAGGAGCUCACAGCCUAACCAGCUUGUCCUUGUAGUAACUUAAGAAUGAAAACUCUCUAGAUAUUUUUUUCAUCUUUCUGGUUAAUUUAACCAAAACCACAGUGUUUUAAAGUCUGUGCAAUUAUUCUGUGCAAUUACAGUUUACUGUAGUAAGAGAUCCAGCUUGAAUUAUAAAAACAAAACCCAAUCUUAGAUGCUGGGAUGCAAACAUUUAUCAAAGACCUCAGAGGGUUGGUUGGUUUGUUCCUUAUUCUAACAUUGUUGUUCUUGCACUCAGUUGGUAAGCUGCAUUAAGUGACAUGUAACUUUUACCGUUAUUUCCCUGCUGACCUUAUCUUAGCAUGUGGUUGGUAGCUUGUCUUUGUGUCAGGCUGGAGUUCUGUGUGCUAAUGAGUACAGUUUUAUCCAUAUGUCACUUUACAGUUAACAUCUAUGUAAGAUCGACCAUGAUCGACUCUAUGUAAGAGUCUGAUCAGGUCAGACUAUGGCUACAGGCUAGUUAUGUUCAGAUAUACUGCAGGGAUGAGUCCCACCAAGGAAAAACAGAAGUAAUUAGAUCUAAAAGAUUUUUUUCUUUAUUGUCUGAGAAUUUCUUCUCUCUACUCUUCCCACUCUCAGUUAUACUUUACUUUGUCGAAGAAGACGUUUGGAUCAAGCACUUUCAGAUAUUCUGGAACUCCAAGUACUAAUAAGGGAUCUUCUC